CGCGGGGCGGCCGCGCCAUACGGGAGCCCGGCAGAGCGCGGAGCAGCCGCGCCGCGGCCGCUCCCCACCCGCCCAGCUGCCGGCAAACCGCCGCCUGCUUCCCGGGCUCCCCCGCCCGCCCGCCGCUGCUCGGCAGCCCGGGAGCCGGCCCCGAGCCGCCGGUGCCCGGUCCGGCUCGGGAGGUGCCGGGACCGGCCCCGAUACCGGGCGCGGGGGCCGGGAUGCUGCUCUCGAAAAUUAACUCGUUGGCCCAUUUACGUUCGGGGCCCGGCGGGGAGCUGCACGCCGCCAAACUACAGCCAGGAAAGGAGAAGGAGCCGUUAGAGAAGCUCUACCAGGUGGGCCCGCUGCUGGGGAGCGGCGGCUUCGGCUCGGUGUACUCGGGUAUCCGCCUUUCAGACAGCACCCCGGUGGCCAUCAAACACGUGGCCCGGGAACGCAUCUCCCAGUGGGGCGAGCUGCCUAACGGCACUCGUGUGCCACUGGAGAUCGUGCUGCUGAACAAGGUGGGCUCCGGGUUCCGCGGCGUCAUCCACCUCCUGGACUGGUUUGAGCUGCCCGACAGCUUUGUGCUGGUCCUGGAGCGGCCGGAGGUGUCCCAGGACCUCUUCGAUUUCAUCACCGAGAGGGGGUCCUUGUCCGAGGAGCUGGCGCGGGGGCUUUUCCGCCAGGUGCUGGAGGCCGUGCGGCACUGCCACAGCUGCGGUGUCCUGCACCGUGACAUCAAGGACGAGAACAUCAUCGUCGACCUCUCCACCGGCGAGCUCAAGCUCAUCGACUUUGGUUCCGGCACCUUCCUCAAGGACACGGUCUACACCGAAUUUGACGGAACACGGGUGUACAGUCCGCCGGAGUGGGUCCGCUACCACCGCUACCACGGCCGCCCGGCGACGAUCUGGUCCCUGGGCGUUCUGCUCUACGACAUGGUCUGUGGGGACGUCCCCUUUGAGCAGGACGAGGACAUCAUCCGGGGCCAGCUCUUUUUCCGGCGGCGGAUCUCUCUGGAGUGCCAACAUCUCAUCCGGUGGUGCUUGUCCAUGCGCCCCUCGGACCGGCCGUCUUUAGAAGACAUUUUCAACCAUUCCUGGCUGCAAGACAUCCACCUGGCCCAGGAGACGGCAGAGAUCCACCUGCACAGUUUGAUCCAGGAGCCUGGCAAGUAACAGCUCCAUGCAUCUCCUGGCCACAAGAAGCAAAGAACACCGGGCUUCUCCUCAUGACCGCAGCACUGAGCCGGAGAGCAUCGAAUGGGGACACGCACACCUUGUCCUGGAGUUGGGCUGGAAACCCAGUCUUGCAAGCGCUGGUGGCCACCAUCCAACCCAGCUGUCCUGGACUUCCAUCUGAAUGACCCUGUCUCAUUUGAUGCUUUGCCAGUAAAGUUUUUUGUUGUUUUGGUUCUGUAUUCGGAGGCUUCCAAGUGUCUUUUGGGACUGCGAGAAGAUCGGAGACCUUAUUGUGAGAAAAGCUUCAACGGGGGAAAACUUACUUGGGGGGCGGGCAGGUGCUGUGGCCAAAUGGCUGUGUCUUCUCUGCUGUCACCGUGCUCGAGUGCCUUCAGUUACAAUCUGGGCUGUGCUGGAGGAAAUACUUGAAUUUUCCUACAUUGCUGCUUUUCCAAGACUCGCCUGGGUAUAUAGUUCCCUUUCCCUUUUCAAAAAGAAAACAGGUCAGAAGACACCUGGGAGCCAAGCAGGCGAUGCCUUGCCUCCUGUGCCUCCAUCUCGCGUGGAUUUUCUGGGGUUCUUUGCUUCCUUGUGCCCUCACGAAUGCACAAACAAUGCAAACCAACAGAGCUGUAAAUGUGUACAAAGUUAUAUAGGAGCAAAGCUUGAUGUACAGUUGUUAAUAGUUAUAACAUUUUACCUUUUUUUUUCUUCCAGUUUUUUGUUUUUAAUUUAUUUUUCAUGAAUUUGUUCUUGUUUUUUAAAGGAAGAGUUCUAGCCGGUAGGAUAACUUAUUUAUUUAUUUAUAAUAAUUCAUGUGGGUUUGCAACCCACGCCUUGCUUCUACAGCUGCUGAUCCCCCCCCGCCCCAGUUUUCUAUUCGGGUCUUCCCUCCGUGUCUGUCCUGUGUCCGUCCCUGGGCCCGUAGUGUUUCUGUCGGAUGUCUGGCGGAGGUGAGGAGUGGCUGCCUGCUCCCCAGCUGUCUGUGUACAUACUUCUGGUUGCUGUUGUUUCCUUGCCACGUGCAGAUCUCAGUUUGCAGAUGAGUUUUGGUUUUCCUCACGGGUGUCUUGUUUGGGGCUGGGGAGGGGGGAGCUGGCCCAGGCUGUCCGCGCUGUCGUGUCUUUACAUGUAACCAAGUGUGUAGCCGGCGGGUUUUUUGUUAAUAGUUAAUAUUGUACAGGGGAAUUCAGAAAUCUUAUUUUUUUUAUGCGGUUUUAAAUAAAAAUGAACUACUUGA